ACCUGCAUGAAAUCGGUGAGUUUUUUUGGGUUUUUUUUUUGCCCUCGUUAUUAUUUUUACCCAACGCCUUUUGCUUUUCUGGCACUGGAAGGACUGAGUGUAAUAGCAAUAUCGGUGGAAAGAACUGUCAUGCCUUAUUGAUUAGUUUGGAAUUAUGUUUGGGCUGGAACAGUUUGAGCCACAGAUCAAUAACAGAAGCGCUGGCCAAGGAGAGAGAAACUUCAACCAGCCCGGAAUGAAUAUGAGCUCUCAUUUCAAAAACCCUGCAUUCCAUUCUGGGGGGGCAUCAGGGACGGUGGAUCCUGCCAUCGGAGCUUUAAGUGAUCCUGCCAUGCUAGGCAUGAAUCUCAAUUUAAAUGGGGAAACGUAUGGGUACCAUGCCAGGGGGCAUUCUGAAAUGCAUGCUGGUGGAAUGCAGCCCCAACCUGUCCAUGGCUUCUUCAACAAUCAGCAGCAUCACCACGGACACCCCAGCGCUCAUCCUCAUCAGCAUCACCCCCACUUCAGUGGCAGUUUUGGUGGGCCUGAUGCCACAGCAUCCUGUUUGCACGGUGGUCGGCUAAUGGGUUAUAACAAUAAUCUUGGAAGCCAGCAAGCUUUUGGAGAGGGUUACGAACAGAUGGCAGAUAAUCAGUCAGGAGAAGGAUUUGGACAGCAGAGGUCAGGUAAUAUCUCAGAAUUUCAACACCCUAACUCUAGUGCUUCUAACCAUGCAGUCCCUGCACCCUGUCUUCCUCUAGACCAGUCUCCCAACCGAGCUGCUUCAUUUCACGGGGUUCCCUCAUCCACCUCAUCUGAUUCUCAUAACUUGGAACAAAGGAGAAUCCACAGCCAAGGAAGCGUUGAUCCCUUGGAAUACAAUUUCCCCAGUGAUGCUCCUUCAGGACACUUUGAGGUACCUGUGUUUUCCACUUCAGAUUCAGAGGGCCACUAUGGGGCUGGAAGGCAGGUCCCCGGUGGUAGUUUUCCUGGCACUUCUGCUUUGCCCAGGCCUCCUGGUAUAGUGGGAAUGUCUAAAGUCCACCCUCAGCCUCAGCAUGGGGUAUUCUUUGAAAGGUUUGGAGGUGCACGAAAAAUGCCUGUUGGCAUGGAGCCUGCAGUUAAUGCCAGACACCCCCUCAUGCAACAGCAGCAGCAGACUGGUUUACUUUCUAGACAAAACUCAUGCCCGCCAGGAAUUACUAGGCAACAGCAAACAGAAGCCAGCACCCCCAAUCCAAACUUACAGGACAAUGGACCAGUAAUGCAGAACCAACAUGCACAGUUUGAAUACCCUAUUCAUAGACUGGAGAACAGGAAUAUGCAUCCAUAUUCAGAAUCAAUGUUUAAUAUGCAACAGGGACCUCCGCAGCAACCUUCAAAUCAAAGAUUGCAACACUUUGAUUCUCCGUAUAUGAAUGUCACUAAAAGGCCCAGGUUUGACUUUCCAAAUAAUCAUAGUGUGGAAAACUGUGCUGCAUGGAAUAAUGGUGGCAUACACAAUGCUGGCAUUGAUAGUCAUUUAUCCCCCUCUGCUUACCCUGGCCUUCCUGGCGACUAUACGCCUCAAGUGCCAGAAAGUUUCCCUCCUGGCCCGGCACUGCAGCACCCUAGUUCAGACCAUCAGUCCCUUCAACAACGUCAGAAUGCAGCAAUGAUGAUUAAACAAAUGGCAUCAAGGAACCAGCAGCAAAGAAUGAGACAGGCUAAUUUACAGCAACUUGGCCAUCAUGGGGAUGUUAAUCAAAGCAACAUUGUCCAUGGAGCUCAGGUGGGGAACAUACCACAGCCCGCCUUUGAUAGAGAAGGAGGGAGGAUUGGUAAUUUUGACCCCCAGAACCCACAUGUGGCUCCAGAAAAUCCUUGGUAUCCUGGCCCUCACCCACCUGGAGAUAUUCUUCAAAGGAGGAUGGGAGGGUCAAACCUUCCCCCUGAUCCUACACCUCAUGAUAUUAAUUUACAACAAAAUGGGUCGAACAUGCUGUUCAGGCCAGGUGUCAGUAGGAUGGGAAUACAGGAACCCCUGGGGAUGCCAGGGGAAGGACAUGUUCAGGCCCUGCAUUCUCCUGGCAUACACUCUCAGUUUGGGAACAUGACUAAUAUUUCCCAAAUGCAGUCACCAGGUGGAGGGGUGGGUAUCACCAGUACACCAACAGACAGAAGGGGUGCACCAGAUUUUACAGCGCCACCUAUAGGAGGGCAGCCAGGGUUUCCGUUUGUAGGGCCAAAUAGGCAAUCAACUCCACACAAUCCACCCGGUGUUAAUUCAUCACCCAGUUCUUACCCAGCCCAGUCAGAUUUCCAAGCCAGCCAGCGUUCCACAGCUAGUAAGUUGGGGGCACUUUCCCUGGGUUCCUUCAGUAAGUCUAACACAAAAGAAAGCAUGUUUGGACAAAGCUGCUUAGCUGCCCUUUCCACGGCAUGCCAGAACAUGAUUGCAAGCUUAGGUGCACCAAAUCUCAAUGUAACAUUUAAUAAGAAAAGUCAAGCAGAAGGAAAGAGAAAGAUGAGUCAAACAGAGACUGACAUUAACAGCAACGGUGGGAAUAAUACUGCUUCUGAUUAUUAUCCAGCAGGCUCAUCCCAGAACAAUCAGGUUCCUGGUACUUCCAAUACCAAGUGUACAGGGCAAAGUGGGGCAUCUCAACCCACGCAAGGAGAAACCAGUCUGUCCCCAAACUACAGUAUUGAAGCCACUCCUGGCAAUGAUGGUAAACCGGUUACUGGUGGUGGGCGAGGGAGGGGCAGGAGAAAAAGAGACAGUGGACAUGUAAGUCCGGGUAAUUAUUUUGAUAAGUAUUCUGCGGAUAGUGGAGGCACGGUGGUGAGUCCAGCACAGCAGGGUCAAUCAGCCAACUCAGGCGAAGCUGGGGGGACACCACAUGACAAACCCUUGACUUCUCCAUCUUGGGGGAAAGGGGGUGAGUUACUUCUUAGUGACCAACCUGACCUCAUGUCAUCUUUGGAUAGUGGAAUUCAAAGUGUGACUAAAUCAGACAGCAGCUCACCUCAUGUUGACUUUGCAGAAGAUGUCAACACCACUUAUGGCAAUGAAGAUGAAGUUUCAUCUAGUUCAGAUAACAACAUAUCAAAACCUAGUAGUUGUCCUUUGGUAACAGGGUCUCCGAAAAUUCAGCGGGGUGAACAUGGACUUCUUAAUGGGCAAAAACCAAUGAAUCUAAACUUGCUAAAUAACACUACCUCUCUCCCGGACAGUUAUGGGUUGAGCAGCACUGGGAGUGGGCACCCUGGUACUCCAGGGAUAGAACAAGUGCGCACUCCAACCAGCACAUCUACCCAGGAUGAGAUUCACCCUCUAGAGAUACUCCAAGCACAGAUACAGCUUCAGAGACAACAGUUCAGCAUUUCUGAGGACCAGCCCUUGGGGAUGAAAAAUAAAAAAAAUGACUGUACUGCUCAAAAUGUGGACAGUGAAUUGAACAGUUGUUGCUCUGACAAUGUCAAAAAUUCUAUGAGUACUAUAGACCUUGACUCUCUUAUGGCAGAACAUAAUUCUACCUGGUACAUGCCUAAUGAGAAAUCACUGAUGGAGGGAGAAGAAGACAAAUCUAUCACACCUUGGGAGAAAUCAAAGAGCCAACAAACCAACAAAGAAGCCCACGACCAUCCCCAGAACAAGACCUCAGCAGCGGCACAAAAUGGAAGCCAUUUGCAAUGUCUCUCAGUUCACUGCACAGAUGACAUUGGUGAAUCAAAGGGUAGGACUCCUGUACCGACAUGGAGGUCCCUGCAUUCCGAUAUCUCCAACAGAUUUGGGACUUUUGUUGCUGCCCUCACUUGAAAAUUAAGAAAAAAGAAAAGAACGUACAUUUUUUUUAAAACGUUUUCUUAAAGGGCCACUAAAGUUAGGUGGACUUCAUUUUUUAAUAGGUUGGUACCUGCUUAGUGGCGUAUGGACUUGGAAGGCUUAAUUUAAAGUAAACCUCAUAUUUUUUUAUUUUGCCACAGUAUGUUACCAGUGUUAAUUCUUCAUCCAGCACUAUUUAUGCUUUACCCUUCCCCUCUAGUUAAUAUCCUUUUACUCAAUAUAUUUGGCAUACUUUUUAUCUGGGUUAGAGAAGGGCUUUUGUAUGUCAACGUGGUAUAUGUAUUUUCUUUUUGCUUUACUCAGUGCUACAUGAAAUACUAAUUCUGAGGGGAAAAAGUUAAGUUUUACAUUUUAAUUUAGAUUCUCUUUUUUUUUUACUUGUUGGCACCAUGGCAUAUUGUAGAAAUAAACUCUAUAUUUAUAAUGAUCCAUUUCUGUUCAUAGAAAGAGAGGCAGCCAUUUUGAUUUCUGAAGUGAUUUGGGGAUUGACAUUCAAGCUCUAAAAUGGAUGUUCUGCUGUUACUUUGCACACUCAAGUUCAAAUGUCUAAAAUGCUUUCUUGUUAUUUGGUCGGUACCUAUUAUAAACAAAAAGUCGAUAAAUAAAGGGUCUUAUUGUUUGGUA